AUGGUUCAGUGGACUGCUGAAGAGAAGUCUGCCAUCCAGUCUGUGUGGCAGAAGAAGGUCGAUGUUGAACAGGAUGGACAUGAAGCACUUAGCAGGCUGUUUCAAGUCUACCCCUGGACCCAGAGGUAUUUCAGCUCCUUUGGAGAUCUCUCUAACCCAACUGCAAUUGCUGGUAAUCCUAAGGUGCACGCACAUGGCAAGAAGGUUCUAGGAGCUGUUGGCAAUGCCGUCCAACACCUGGACAACGUGAAGGGUGCUCUGCAAAAGCUCAGUAUAGAACAUGCCAACGAGCUGCAUGUGGAUCCUGUGAACUUUAGGGUACGUCUUGGAGAAGUAUUGGUUGUUGUCCUGGCUGCCAAACUGGGAAAUGCCUUUACUCCUCAAAUCCAGCAUGCAUGGGAGAAGUUCACUGCUGUCCUGGUUGAUGGUCUUAGCCACAGCUAUCACUAA